AUGUCCGUCUGGAAUCCUGACAACAUUCGCGAUGUUGCAGAGUCGGUCGGUAUCACGAAUCUCAAUCACGACGUGACAGAGAAUUUGGCGCGUGAUGUCGAAUACCGGGUUGCGCAAGUGCUUGAGGAAGCACUCAAGUGCAUGCGCCACGGCAAGCGCACUCUCCUGACGACCUCGGAUAUUUCCAACGCUCUGAGGAACUUGGACGUGGAGCCGCUCUAUGGUUACGAGUCUCUCCGCCCUCUGCGAUUUGGAGAGGCUUCGCUUGGUCCCGGCCAACCGCUUUUCUACGUGGAAGAUGAGGAAGUGGACUUUGAGAAACUGAUCAAUGCGCCUUUGCCCAAAGUUCCCCGUGAAGUCACUUUUACCGGGCACUGGCUCGCCGUCGAAGGCGUUCAGCCUUCCAUUCCUCAGAACCCGACCGCCGCCGAGUCGCGCAACCUUGAGCUGGUCUCCAAGGGACCCAACGCCAAUUCUACCUUGGCAGCCAUGAGUGGUAGCGGCGAUGUUUCGGUGAAGCCCACGGUCAAGCAUGUGCUUUCAAAGGAGCUGCAGCUCUACUUUGAAAAGGUCUGCAGCGCGUUCUUGGACGAGACGAGCGAGGAGUACCGGACUUCGGCCUAUGCCAGUCUACGAGACGACCCAGGCCUUCAUCAGUUGGUGCCAUACUUUGUGCAAUUCAUCGCGGAGAAGGUCACGCACACCCUGAAAGACAUUUUUGUUCUUACACAGGUGAUGCACAUGGCCGAGGCUCUCGUGCAAAACACUUCUCUCUACGUCGAUCCCUACAUUGCCUCUCUCGUCCCCUCGAUUCUCACCUGUCUCGUCGGCCGAUCGUUGGGUGGUGCCAAUGAUCUUUCCGAGCAGUUUGCUCUUCGGGAUCUGGCAGCCUCGCUGCUCGGGUUGAUUGCGAAGAAAUACUCCCACUCUUCACACAUGCUCAAGCCUCGCCUAGUGCGUUCCUGCUUGAAGAGCUUCCUCGAUCCUUCCAAGCCGUUUGGGGCACAUUAUGGUGCCGUGAUUGGAUUACAGGCUGUGGGUGGGGCUGAAGUGAUCCGCGUGCUGGUCAUCCCUAACCUGAAGGAUUACUCCAAACUUCUAGGGGAUGGCCUCGACGACAGCGCACGUCGUCCGGCCGCCGAGCGCGUGUUGAGCGUGCUCCUCGGGGUUCUGGCUUCUCUGCGUGACGCUCAGCCUGCCCUGUCCAACGGUCACGCUGAGACCAUCUCCGACGACAUGCGAGGCAUGCUCACAGAGAAGAUUGGCGGUCUGUUGGCCUCGAAGAUUGCCGACGCCAAUGAAGUUCAACUGGCCCACAUGCUUUUGCAAUCGUAG